AUGCGUAUUCUCAAUAUAGCAGUCCUGGCAGUGACGCUGCUUGUCACAAGUGCUAGUGCAGGAAUCUCAGAGUUGGAAGCAGUGCUGCCAAAAUGUGCAUUGCAAUGCAUGGCGAGUUCAAUAUCACAAAGCUCCUGUGCACCUACCGACCAGGCAUGCCUCUGUACUGAUACAACGUAUACUGAGGCUCUUGAGGAGUGCGUUUUGUUAAGCUGCACGAUCCGACAGUCACUGACCACAAAAAAUGUCACCACAUCGGCAUGCGCGGCGCCUAUCCGGAAUCGCACGAAAAUUGUUUCUUGUGCGGGAGUUGCGGGAGGUAUAAUAGCAGUGAUUGCCUUUCUUCUUCGUAUGUUCGCCAGGCUGAGAUGCUGCGGUGGUACGUUCGGCAUGGAUGAUUGGACGAUGAUGUUGACAAUUUGCCUUGUCAUUCCGUUAUCCUCACUUUCAGUUGUUUUGGCCAAUGCAGGACUUGGCAAAGAUAUGUGGACUUUACCAUUUGAGAAUAUCACCAGAAUUCUCUGCAUCUACUUUUGGGACGAGCUACUGUACCUCAGCAUCCUGCCAAUGACGAAAAUAUCGAUAUGCUGUUUCUACCUCCGAAUUUUCCCCGAACGACGCUUCCGCAUUAUAACAUACUGUGUGAUCGGUAUCAAUGUCGCCUAUUUAAUUACGUUUAUCUUGAUCUCGGUUUUCCAAUGUCGACCACUACCAGGUGCAUGGUUACACUGGGAUGGAGAGGGUGAUUACAAGUGCAACCAUAUCAAUGCGCAAGGCUGGUCAGCAGCGGCUAUCAAUAUGAUUCUGGACAUUGUCGUCAUGGCACUUCCUUUGCGACAACUCUAUAAUUUGAAUCUUUCGUUGAGAAAGAAGAUCUAUGUGAUGUGCAUGUUUGGUCUGGGUCUCUUGUUCGUGUUCUCUAAUAAUCUUGAUAUCCAUUAUGCUGACCAAGAGUUUAGUGUCACCCUUGUUAGUAUCCUGCGACUAAAUUCACUUAUUCACUUUGCCUCUACAACCAAUCUCACAUGGGACUAUGUGAGUAUUGGAUAUUGGAGUACAAUUGAGUGCGACGUAGGUGUAAUCUGUGCGUGUCUACCGGCAAUUCGAUCCUUGCUUCGCAGAUUAUCGCCCGGCCUUUUUGGUGACACCGAGAAUGUGAAGUCAUAUGGGUUAAAUUCCCAAUCUCGUGGGACUGCCUCGAGAUAUGAAGGACCCAUAUAUGUUCAUCAUGACAUCCAGGUCAAGAGUAAUGACGGGAAGUUCUAUCAGUUGGGAGAUAUGGAUAAUUCUAGCAAAGCCCACCUCCCUUCUCAAGGCGCUUAG